GUUGAAGGAUGCUAUGAGGAUGACAACACAUCACACCAGAAUAUUCUUCCCAGUAAUGUGGCAUGUAGUUCUUACUGCUUCUAGAGAAGUUAUUUUCUCAUGAAAUAAAACAGAAGUGAAGAGCAGGAAUGUAAGAGUGGAACAGGACAGUUUACCAGUAAAAUAGACUCCUCCUACUAGUAUGUAAUGAACUCUUGGCUAAUGCAUUUCAGACAUAUUCCUAUCUCAUUCAUAACCUAUCUCUAAGUCAUAAGGACCCAGAGGAAGAAGCAGUGGGAACCAGCCAGAAACACGAUCCACCACCAUCAUGAUUUCCAAGGCCGUAAAAUCCAUGUUGAAGGAAGUAGAUUCUAACGGUAGCCUGAUUCCUGUGUCCAGUCUGAACGACAGCUCUGGUAAACUGAAUCUCCUCUCACUCAUUGUGAAGACCAGGCCCAGAUGUGGAUGCUUCUGGCAGGAACCCAAAUACCAGUCCAGAGGCUUUUCCCUGAGUGAUGUGCUGAAACCCGGAGAACCUGAAGACGAACCUUUAAACCCAGAUGUGAAGGAGUCUGACUUCGUGGACCACAGUGGGAGAUUUGCUGACAAGAAAGAAAUGAACUCAGAAGGAAAUGUGGAGGGUUUGGCGGCUGAUUUAAAACUUAAUUUGGGCUUAAAAUGCUUCAACGAACAAGAGUCGUCCUUUGGCAGACUGAAGAAAGAGGAGGUGGAAGUGAAGGAGUUGGUUAACUACUCGAAAGAUAAACGCCUGGACAUGACCCACCCUGUGAUCAAGCAGACCCGGGAGAAGCCCAGGGCAAUAUUAGGGGUGUUGACGGAGAGGAUUAUGACAUCACAACCUUGCCCGGUCACAAACAAAGUCCGGAAGCAUGGCAAUGCAGGAGCCAACAUGAGCGCCUGCGUGGCCCUGAGCGGGAAGGCCUCUAUGAAGCAGAGCGGCAGUACUCAGACAGAUAGUGAUGUGUCACUGAAGAUUCCUGAAUAUACUGUCGUGGCCUUCAGUCUGAUUGAACUCAAGGUCAAACGCAAUGGAAAGUUUGAGCUGUGCCUCUUCUCCAACAAUGGGGGCUUUGAAAAGGUUAGGUCGAAUUAUGAGAUUGAAGAGGAUGGAUUUAUGGACCUGGUAGGCGACUUUGAUGCCAACAGCCCCUUAAAUCUGAACAAAGAACUGGAGAAACUGAGUAGUCAUUUCCAGCUGCUGUCAGUCCUGCCAGCAGCCAAACGCUCCUCUCUGCUCCAGCUCCUCAAGACAACCAUGGAGGACAGAGAGGCAGUCAGUGUGCUGGAGAGUGUGCUGGAUCAGUUGUGUGAAGGUGAGACUCCUGACCUGGGUGAUCUGGAAGAGUCUGAGAGGGAGACAGUCCAGGCCAUACUGGAUCUUGUAGACCAAUGUGUUGGGAAGGAUGAGGACGAGAUCAGAUCUUCACUUCUCAGUGCCGUCCACCUCAUUGUCAGUGCCAUGGACGGAAUGACAGAUGAGGGUCUCUCUGUGUUGGGAUCCUGUUGCAGUCCUCCAGUCUUACAGGCCCUGCAGAUCCUGGUGCAGCAUGUGGCAGCAGGGAGUGGGGAGACCCUCUCUCUGAGAGAUGCAGGUCUGGCUGUUCUGACUGAGGAGGAGCUGUAUCAGAGGACAGAGCGUCUCUUUGCCCUCUCCAAUGUGGAACUUACCAGAUUGAAUGAGGACGCAGAAUUCACAGUGACUUCAGUUAUCUGCCCUGGACACCUUCCUCUUGUCAUGAGUAUCGCUGUGAAUGGCCUGGCCUCUUUAGGAUAGAUUGAGCCAAAUAGAAACAUUCCUUGUGCUACAAAGUGGAUAUAUGAACUGCACCGCCAGGGAUGAAUUUCAGAAAUGUCACAUUUGAUAACAUAUUGUUGAUGAUUGCAAAGCGACAGGAGUAAAACAUAUCAAAAACAAGAUAAUGCACGUGUGAAGAAAAAUGUACAAAAUAAUAUUCCCACUACUGUACAUUAAUUAAUGACACAUUCCUACAUUAUGGUGUUUCUAAACGGUGCAGUGUAAUAACAAAAACCCACUGGAAAACAGCAAUAGAAAAUAAUGGGUACAUAACCCGACGCACACCAGGACAGACGUGCACAAGCACUUACAAUAAACAAUCAUCGACAAGGACAUGAGGGGGAACAGAGGGUUAAAUACACAACAUGUAAUCGAUGGGAUUGGAACCAGGUGUGAUGGAAGACAAGACAAAACCAAAGGAAAAUGAGAAGAGGAUCAGCGAUGACUAGAAGGUCGGUGACUUCGACGGCCGAACGCCGCCCGAACAAGGAGAGGGACCAACUUCGGUGGAAGUCGUGACAGUACCCCCCCCCCCCGACACCAGCUUCGGGGGCGAGGCGCAGAGCGAUCUGGACGAAGACGGUGGAACUCCUGCAGCAUAGAUGGACUUGGUCUUGGCACCUAUCAGCACCUCCGUAUUUCCCCCAUCCCUUCUUCUCAAACACAUCUACUGUACACCCCUCUAUACACCUACUUCCUCAUCCAUUCUCCUUCAUUCACACACAACAUAUAGCGUAGUCCUCCACACAUCCAUUCUCUUCCACCCUCCUACACAUAUUCACCCUCCUUCACUCUCCCAUUCAUAUGUAUAGACACAUACCCACACAUACACCCACUCAUACCCUCUCUCUCUCUCACACACACACACACACACAUCACAUAGGUGAUGACAAAAUGUCUAUGUUGUUCAAACACUGUGAAUCAGACAUCACAGGAAUGGACCAUCAUACUGACUCCACAUAUUCAGCAUUGGGGAUGUUAUCUUUGCGUAGAGAAUCAUUAUUAAAAAGAAUAACAUCAUCACCCUGGUAUUCUAGACAUCAAGAUUACCACGGUGCUGGACUUCCUCUUAUACUUUUUGAACCUGGUAGCACAGUAAUGUGAGAAAGUUGACACUUUCAAAUGAGUGUAGAAGAAUAACGGACUUCACAGAAAUGUUUUUGAAUGUUCUUUGGACAUGAUUCUGGUGAACAGUCUGUUUCUGUUCUUGUCAUGUCGGUCACUUGACAAUGUUAAAACGUAGGAUCCCCACCCUCCUCCCUCCCUCCCUCCUUCUGUAAUGUGCCUUUAUGUUGUAUUAUCUAAUGGGGAUCCUAAUAAACUAACCCCCCCCCUCUCCCUCAAAAUGAUUAAUCAAAUCUCUUUGGUAAAUGAUUAAGUAAAUUACUUUUAAAGGUUAAAUUACCUUAGAUUUGAGAUCGGUGGCCUCCAUUUAAGAAACUCCUAAAUGACUUAUAAACGUGUAAUUGAUGUGACCUAUACUUUGAUGCAAUGCAUCAUUCAGGGCAGCCCCACUAUCCGCUGUCCUGCAUGUAACUCUGGAUUUCAUUCACACACAUUUCAUUUGUAAUUGCUUGAGCUAAUAAAGCACACAGUACAUGCUCGUU